AUCGUGAAUAUGAUUUUUCCAAAGUGCUCUACAAUUGCUGCUUCUUUCGCCAUUUUCUUCUUCCUUGCUUUAUCUUAUGCUGAGAAAGCUCCAUACUCAUUUGUGAAAGAAGCCACGGCGGCUCCGGCGGCGGAGUACUACGACUACAUAGUCGCCGGCGGCGGAGCCGCCGGCUGCGCACUGGCGGCGACGCUCUCGGCUUCCGCAAAAGUACUUUUGUUAGAGCGAGGCGGCUCACCGUACGAGAAUUCGAACGUAACCGACCUCGCCGGAUUUGGGAUGUCGCUCGCCGACACGUCGCCAACCUCUGCCGCGCAACAAUUCACCUCCGCCGACGGCGUCUUCAACCACCGCGCCCGCGUGCUCGGCGGCGGCUCCGCCAUCAAUGCCGGGUUCCACGUACGCGCUAGCCACGAGUACGUGCGCGGCGCGGGGUGGUACCCGGCGCUCGUGCGGGAGUCGUACGAGUGGGUCGAGCGGAAAUUGGUGUUCCGGCCGCGGGUUGUGCCGUGGCAGGCGGCGGUGCGCGGCGGGUUGCUUGAGGCCGGAGUGCGGCCGGAUAGAGGUUUCACGUACGAGCAUUUGGUCGGGACGAAAGUCGGAGGAACCAUAGUCGAUGAAAACGGAUACCGGCAUACCGCCGCGGAUUUAUUGGAGUAUGCAGAUUCAGCCAAGACGGCCGUGUUUUUACACGCAACUGUGGAUAAGAUAUUAUUCAACACAUCAUAUGAAAAAAGACCAAAGGCUUAUGGAGUAAUGUUUAAGGACUCUUCCGGUACUCAUCACUCGGCUUACCUUAACAACGGGCCGAAAAAUGAGAUUAUACUAUCGGCCGGGGCAUUAGGCAGCCCACAACUUUUGAUGCUAAGCGGGCUCGGGCCGGCCGAGCAUCUCAAGUCCCACGGAAUCGCCGUAAUAAUGGAGCAACCGAUGGUCGGUCGAGGCAUGGCCGAUAACCCUAGGAACACGAUCGUCGUUCCUACACUUAAGCCAAUGGCAAAAUCCUUAGGACAAGUUGUUGGAGUAACCGAUAUCGGGUGCUACAUUUUAACGUUUAGUGGCUUCUUCGAACAACCUUCAACUCAAACAAUAAUAGCUCAAGAAUACGCGAGGCUCGCAAACCAAACAAAAAAUACGCGUACGGAGACAAGACUUCCGGAACCUUCCGAGUUUCAAGUAGGGCACAUUUUGGAAAAGGUUGCCGGACCUUUCUCGUCGGGGCAUUUGGAGCUCCGUAGCCGGGAUCCAAAUGACAAUCCAAAAGUUACGUUCAACUAUUUUGAGGAUCGUCGUGACUUAGAGAGGUGCGUCAAGGGCAUGAAAAUUAUAAAAAAAGUGAUUGAAUCUGAUCCUACGACGUUUCUUCAGUACCCUUUUAGCUCGUUUCAAGCUCUGAUUGAAUUGAAUUUGGCAAUUCCCUCUAACACGAGGCCGAGACAGGCGGCACGGCGGGGUCCCGCCGUGUCCCUCGAGCAAUUUUGUAAGGAGACCGUAAUGACGGUGUGGCAUUACCAUGGAGGGUGUCAGGUGGAUCGGGUUGUGGAUAGGGACUAUAAGGUAAUCGGCGUCGAUGCUUUGCGCGUAGUUGAUGGAUCCACCUUUAACUACUCUCCGGGAACCAAUCCUCAGGCCACGGUCAUGAUGCUCGGGAGAUAUAUGGGACAUAAGCUUCUUCAAGAACGAUCCAAGUUAUAAAAGAGGGCUUAUCGAAGCAAUAUUAUAUACACGAGGGUUUAAUAGUGAA